AUGGCAAUCGAAACUAGUGAACUCUUUGAUACAGAAAUUCUGGUUGGAAAAGGACCAAAUUCUAAAAUCUUUCGCUUACAUUCUUAUAUAUUAAAAGCUUUCUCCCCUUAUUUUCGUACCGCAUUAUCAAUAAAAAAAGAUAAUAAUAAUAAUAUUAUUAAACUUAAAAAACCAAAUAUUUCCAUUGAAAUUUUCGAUAUUAUUAUCAAAUAUUUAUAUUGCGGUAAACUUAUCGCUACGAACGAUGUAAAGACAAACGUUGACAUUUUGAUUGCGGCUGAUGAAUUACGUAUCAAAAAUUUAUGUUCUCAUAUUGAAGAAUAUCUUCUUAGUAACAAAGAAUUAUUAAAAAAAAAUUAUAUUUUCAUUCGGAAUUUUUCUUUCAAGUACGCUAAAUAUACAAAAUUAUCUCAAUUUUGUAAGGAUGCUUUUCAAAAAGAUCCUUCAUUAAUUUUUAAUUCAAAAGAUUUCACUAAAAUCAAACGAGAAAUUCUUUUAGAUAUUCUUAUUAAAAACAAUCAUAAUUUAAAAUCUAUUGAAAUUUAUGAUAAAAUUAUGGAAUGGAUUAUUACUCAAUCUAAUGAAUUAUCAUCUGAUAAUAUAAAAUUAUUUAUUCAACAAUUUAUUCCAUAUAUUAAUUUUAAAGAGAUUGAACCUACUGAUUUUUUGAAAAAAAUUAAACCAUUAAGAAAUAUUUUUGAUGAUAAAAUUUAUUCUAAAAUAUUAGAAUAUUAUUCUUUUAAUAAUAUGAAUGGAAUUUCUAAAAUUAUUAAUUUUGAUUCAUUAUUAUUACUUUCAAAAAUAAUUGAAAUAGCAGAAACAAAUAAUUGUUCAACAAAUAAUAUAAAUUUAUAUAAUUUUAAAUUACUUAUUCGUGGAUCUCAAAAUGGUUUUAAUUAUAAAACUUUUCAUGAAUCUUGUGAUAAUAAAGGUCCAACAAUUACUAUUGCAAAAAUUAAGGGUUCUGAUGAAUUUAUUGGAGGUUAUAAUCCAAAUAAUUGGGGUUCUUCUAAUAAUUGGACAAAAAAAAGUUUUAUUUUUUCUUUAAAUCAAAAUAAUUUAAUAAAUUCUAUUAUUAGUAAAGAAAUUCAUAAUGAUUCAAAAAAAUCUAAUUAUAUUGGUUCUUGUGGUCCAGAAUUUGGUUCAGAUUUAAUAUUAUUACUUUCUAAUAAUGAGAAUAAUAACAAAGGAAGAUGUUGUAGAAAUAAUUAUGAAAAAAGAAUAAGGAAUAACGAUGAAACCGAUUUCGAGAUAGAAGAAUAUGAAGUUUUUCGUGUUUAUAAAAACUUUUAUUAAAGAAUUUAUACGAAGAUAUUAAAAGAAUAGUAAUAAUAGAAACAUUC